CCAUUUUUUCCCUCAGUCUGAUAGGAGCGGCUCGGGAGGCUGCUGCCCGUGCAACACGCGCCCAUGAGAGGGCAUAUGUUAUGUUGACGUGAGUUUGUGUUCACCUCGUUGCAAACAACUUGCAAACCGAGAAAACGAGGUAAUUAAGGGGUCUUUGGAGCAAGCCACUCCGUUUUCUUUUUGCUGUCUUUUUUGAGGAAGGUGAAACCCUGCGCAUUCCUCCACGCAGAGAGCCAGACAGGGACACUUGCCCACAAACUGGACGGAAGGGGAGCUGCGUUCAUACAGCGGUGGCUCCAGAGGCUAGAGGACGAGUCCUGCCUGAUGUUUUGGCUGCAUGGGGGAGUCGCUGUGGCCGUUCUUUGAUAUGACGGUGACCCGGUGCACGCUGUGAGCUCCCUGCUUUGAUGAAUAAUUCACGCGCGCGGUGUCCGAGGCUCGCGCUGAAAAUACCGAACGACCGUCGGCUGCGCGUGACACCUUCUGAACAGACCCUAAUGGUCGAGUACAGGCUGGUCUGGUUUAACCGGUUUUCCAUACAGUGAAACGCGGGAGCAGCAUCAUAAAUUCUGUUGUUGUAGUCUAGGUGCUGGUGAGUGGCCUUUCAGGUCAUGUUGCCUGGUCGGUGGGGGAGGAGAGCCUUAGCUUCCUGGACUUCAACACCCAUCCAUUUUUAGGGUUUACUUAACGACAGUGACACGUUUCAUGCAGCAACAUUGACCUUUGCAUCGUGUCAUCUUGUUGUCAUUGGAAACCUGGACUGUGAGAACUCUUGCUCAAUCAUCUUUCUUAAUAGAGAUGACCCUAAGAAGUUAUUUUUAUUUUGUUGUCUAAGUAACUAUGUUUAAUUAAUGUUCAGAGUUGAUUACCUUCUUGUUUGGCAACUAAUUGAACUAUUUACUAGAAAUUUGAAACUUAAGAGUUUAUCGGUGCAUCGGAACUGGCUAAAUACCUCAAGAAUCUACCUCAAAUGCCACAGUUUCUUCAGUAUAACUGGCUGAUAUGUCCUCAGAUGAAUACCUCAAACCUAUUUUUCAUGCACGUGUUGUGAGCUGAGCCGUGUUUCUGCAGAUGGCUUCAUUCCCAGAUUCUGACCUGCAGACGUGUCCGCUAUGUAAGGAGCUGUGCGGGUCCUCUGCUCCCAUCUCCUCCAGCUCCUCUACCUCAUCCUCCUCCUCUCACACCUCAAACUCCUCUAACCACGCCACCAAGAGGCUCCACGUCCUGCCCUGCCUGCAUGCCUUCUGCAGGCAGUGUCUGGAGGGGCAGCGCAGCCCCAGUGACCCACUGAAGCUGCGAUGCCCCACUUGCGACCAGAAGGUCUCCAUAUCUGAGGCUGGGGUGGAUUCCCUACCUUCCUCCAACUUCCUCUUCAGCAACCUAUUGGACGUUGUGGUGAGCUCAGAAGAUCAGAUCCAGAAUAAAAACGGCCACCAUCACCUCGGGGGAUUGAUUGGAGGCUCCUCUGGCUUCCACCCUUCACAUGGGAGCUUGCUGCACACACAGCACAUGGGAGAGCCUCAGUGCAGCUCCUGUGAUGAAGAGAACCCAGCCACGUCCCAUUGCCUUGACUGCCAGGAGUAUCUCUGUGACAACUGUGUACGAGCGCACCACCGGGUGCGGUUGACCAAAGACCACUUCAUCGAGCGCCUGGGUGAGAGCCUCCGCCUGAGCCGGGUUAACCCCAACAGCGGCAUGGGUCAGCCCAGGGUUUCCGUGUCCCUCGCCCAGUCCUUGCAGAACAACUUUGCCCUGCUUUCCUUGUUCCAGGACCGAAUGAGCUUCUGCCAGCACCAUGACAGCGAGGUGUUUCUGUUCUUCUGUGAGACCUGCUCGGUGCCCAUCUGCAGGGAGUGCAGUGUGGGCCGUCACAUAGGCCACACUUUUGUCUACCUGCAAGAUGCUGUGCAGGACUACAGGGCCAUCACCAUCCAGCUGCUGGCAGACGCUCAGCAGGGACGACAGGCUGUUCAGCUAAGUAUGGAAAAAGUCCAAGCCAUGGCAGAGCAGGUGGAGAUUAAGGCCAAGGUGGUGCAGACUGAAGUAAAGGCUCUCGUCCUGAGACACAAGAAGGCACUGGAGGAAAGAGAGUGUGAGCUUCUGUGGAAGGUGGAGAAGAUCCGUCAAGUGAAGGCCAAGUCUCUGUACCUGCAGGUGGAGAAACUCCACCAGAGUCUAACCAAACUGGAUAGUACCAUUGCUGCUGUAAGCCAGAUACUCGAUGAGGGCCACCACCUGGAUGUGCUACUGGCCAGGGAGAGAAUGCUGACCCAGAUCCAUGAACUGAAGAGUCUCAGGAGCCUGCUGCAGCCACAAGAGGACGACCGCUUCAUGUUCACUCCUCCAGACCAGGCUCUGCACAUAGCCAUCCAGUCUAUGGGCCUGAUCAGCAGCGGCGCCUUCGCCCCUGUCACCAAAGCCCACGGUGAAGGUCUGAAAAAUGUACUGCGUGGGAAGCCUGCGUCCUUUACCGUUAUUGGAUACGAUCACGAUGGAGAGCCACGUUUGUCUGGCGGGGAUCCCAUCUCAGCAAUGGUGAUGUCUGUUGCAGAUGGCUCUCUGUCUGCAGUGGAGGUGACGGACCACCAGAACGGCUCAUACACCGUCAGUUACCUUCCGAAAACUGAGGGGGAGCACCUGGUGUCUGUGUUGGUGUGUAACCAACACAUCCAGGGCAGCCCCUUCAAGGUGACAGUCAAGUCAGGACGGAGCUAUGGGUCCCUCGGAUCCCAGGUGUCCUCCUUCGGAUGUGAGGGGGAGGGGGACGGCCAGCUGUGUCGUCCCUGGGGCAUCAGCGUGGACAAGGAGGGAUAUGUUGUGGUGGCUGAUCGCAGCAACAACCGCAUACAGAUCUUCAAGUCUUGCGGUGCCUUCCACCAUAAAUUUGGCUCUUUGGGUUCUCGGCCUGGUCAGUUUGAUCGUCCAGCUGGGGUUGCCUGUGACAGUCAGAGACGAAUCAUUGUGGCUGAUAAGGACAAUCACCGUGUGCAGGUGUUUACAUUCGAGGGCCAGUUCCUGCUGAAGUUUGGGGAAAAAGGCACCAAGAACGGGCAGUUCAACUAUCCCUGGGAUGUGGCCGUCAACUCCGAGGGUAAAAUCUUGGUCUCGGACACCAGAAACCAUCGUGUGCAACUUUUUGCCCCUGACGGCUCCUUCCUCAACAAAUACGGCUUUGAAGGGGCUCUGUGGAAACACUUUGAUUCUCCCAGAGGAGUAGCCUUUAACCACGAAGACCACCUUGUAGUGACCGACUUCAACAACCACAGGCUCCUGGUCAUCCGGCCAGACUGCCAGUCGGCACGCUUUUUGGGCUCAGAGGGCACAGGGAAUGGGCAAUUUCUGCGUCCCCAGGGUGUUGCCGUGGACCAAGAGAACCGCAUCAUCGUGGCAGACUCCCGCAACCACAGAAUCCAAGUGUUCGAGGCCAACGGAAACUUUUUAUGCAAAUUUGGCAGUCAGGGGAGCGGCUAUGGACAGAUGGACCGUCCCUCUGGGGUAGCUGUGAUGCCCGACGGUGUCAUUGUGGUUGUUGACUUUGGAAAUAAUCGCAUUCUCAAGUUCUAAAAGAAAAAAAUCUAUAAUUUUUUUGUAUUCUCUCCCUCUGUUUGCUCUUUUUGCAGUAAUUUUCCACAAUGAAGGAAAUGGAGAGGAGAGAAUCAAUCAAUAGAAAGUCGGGGAGUUUGGAGAGGACUGAGAACUUGCUAAAAAGACAUUUUUCCCAUUCUCUAUUUACCAAAACAUAUAUCUAGUUUACACAAUGAGAACCUUUCCAAAUGGACCCGUAGCUGCUCUCAGUCCUCCUGGAUGCCCUUUUUUAAGAUCCAUCUCAGGGAAUUCUUUCACUUGUUGAAAUCUCGUACCUUCUGCUCCAUACCUACCUCAUUUAGCUCUUUAUGAAUGUACUCAUACUCACUGAGCAGAGGUUUUAGUCCGUGAAGUUUUACAAAGAAGAAACGUCUACCUCUAUACAUUAUUUAAGAGACAUAAAAGUAGAUUCUUGGGUUGAUAUUUGCACAGGAUUCAUGGAAUACUUUCUGUGCAUUUUCAUUUUGAGUAAACAUGAACCUCCUGAAUGUUGUUGCUGAGAGGAGACUCAGACCGCUGAAGAGCUGCAUGAUUGAUUCUCAUUAGAAAGCUCUGCUCAGAAUAAAAAGGCAGGGGUUAGGUAGUAUCCUUUCCUGUUUUUUAGACUUGUUAGAUUUUUUUUCCCUUCUUAGACAAGUAGAUUGACCCUGUUCUCUAUUUAGCUCUGUGGCGUUUGUAAUGUCACAAUUGCCGAGCAAGACUGUGAGAAGUAAAGCCAAACUCAAUGGAAUCAGAAUUAGCUCAGGUCAUCAUAAAACUGGUUUGAAUGAUCAGUUCUUUUCAUGCUAUGCUAGCUUUGCUGACUAACACUGAUCUAAUGAAUUUAUUAAUGAGUAGAAAUAGAAGUUGUAGAAAAUCAGCUCUAAAAUGAUCUCUGAAAAGAAAUAUCUGUUGACCAUUAUCUCUAAUCGUAUAUCACAGAACAGAGAUGAUGUUUCUGCUGAAGAAAGAGAAAUGAAUAUGCGAAGAAAGAGAGAUGAAUAUGCGAAGAAAGAGAAAGGAAUAUGCAAAGAAAGCGUUGUCUUCUCCAAACGAGAAGAUCCACAGAAAGAUUUGAGUUGAAUCCGUAGAGAUCUCGACAUGUUCUUCGUGUUAUCGUACAAAUGUAAUUAUAGAAGUGAAUGCUACUUUUUAAAUGAGGCAUGCUGUUUGACAAAAGCCUGUAGAAGUAGACGCCUAUAUUUGGCCGUCCAGAGGACAUUAAUGACAUCAGAUUACAGGCCUAUUAUAAUAUAACAAUCUCUUGGAUUUAGAUUGUGGUUUAAAGCCACACACUUUGGCUCCUAGGGCUAAAGAUUUAGUGCAGUCCAGUGAGAGGGCACCAUCACAAAGCCCUACCCUAUUUAUUUAUCCUUAGAUUUAAGUCAAAUAAAAGGAACACCUUCCGAUUGAGGGCAAGUAGACAGAUUCCUCUAAAGAUGGAGGUCUACAGACCAACUACUAGAGUCAACCAAAGUUAGAAUUUCUGCACAAAGGCCAUCUAUAAAUUUGGCAUUUAAAGGAUCUUAAUAUUCCCCUUAACACUUUUCUUUAAUUAAAUUAGCCUAACGUUCUUACAACUCAUGGAGUUCAGUUUGUCGCACUGUCUACAUUAGGCUUUGAGGAAAUGGAGUGCUUGGGUCCCAGGUCAUUGAGUACUUCCUCUCCCAGCCAAGACGAAGGCCCCGGCUGUGGGAGCAAAAGGAGUAAGUUUGACCUGCAGAGGUGCUCAUUUGGAAAGCGGAGAAUACCCGCACCAAAGAGAAACCCUUGGAUUUAUUGCCUAAGCUCGUUCAGCAACGCCAUAGUUUUAUCAAAUUAGACUCAGAGUAGCUUCUCAGAUUAGCCUUCUAUCUACCCGCUUACCUUCAUCCCUACUGAUAGAUGUGACUUCUUUGAGGUGCAGCCAAUCCCCUCGCCCAUCGAUAUUUGUUCCUCUGGCAGCACUCAACAAUUUAAGGCUCUGCAAGCUAGUUUCUCUGCCUGACAUGAAAAAAAAAAUCUACAAAAAAAAAAAAAAUCUUUAGACUGAUUCUCACUUCUGAGAGGAAGAUUGUCUGCACAACUUGGAGAUUUGGGUCCACGUAUCUCCGAUAACUUUUACCUCACUGUUUUUUACUUCUUUUCUCAAAUACCUCAACUUCUGAAUACCUCAAGUUUUGUCCCUCAUGGUUACGGUGCAUAUAAACAUUAUAAUACCUCAAUUUAGUAUUCCUACUGAAUACCUCAGCUUUACUCUUUUUGAAGGAUUUUUUUUCUUCACACAUAUCUCCUCGUUUGACGGUUCAGCACAAGGACCAAAGAUCAUUGUACUGUUUUGAGUUGAAACAGAACUUGUAUAAACAGCUUUUGUGUCUGCUUAACCUGCUGUAACCUGCAUGAUUAAAUUAUUGCCUUUUUUAUCAGCAACAAAACAAAUCGUUCCGACACGAGCAUUGUGCCAAAAUGAUCUGUGAGAGUUCUGUGCCAAAACGGGAUUGGCAUUUGGACCACGAUGUUGUAGACAGAAGUGUCACUGGACCAUUAUACUGAAAGGUUAAAUCGGAGCAAAUGAGGAUAAAUCCUCCUCCUCUGGUUCGGAUGCACUUAAUAGGGCUGGGCCCCAUUGAUCUUUACCUCACACCGAUUUUGAACAUACAGGUCUCCAUGUGGGAUAUGCCGCUGUGUGCCAGGGAUGAGAAAAAAAUUGGUCUCUCUUAAAGAACUAACAGCUCAAAGUGUCAGCCAUUAAAUGUACAUGAAUUACCUCAAAUUUCAGCACAAUUGACCAAUUUAUCAGUGUGGAUUUUUAGGAUGCUUGAUGUUGGUUGAAAUAAGUUCAUAAUCUACCAUUUAGCCUGUAGAAUUAUGCCUGUGUGUGACAGUCGGCUGGCUCAUUAUUUAAAGGGAUAUUUCCUGUUUUAUCCCAAGGAUUCCUUAUAGGCCAACUCCUAAAACCUAAUUGAGGUUUGAGUGAAUAUUAUAUUGUGGAUUAUUAGAUUGCAUCACUUUUGCGUCUGAUAUUGGACACUACGAGCCAUGGGUCGGUAUUAUAUUCACACAGUAUCUUCUUGAGUAAAAACACCACAGUGUUAAAAUAUUUACCCAAAAAGUAAAAAUAAAUAACCUAUUUGUUUUUCAGCAGCAAAACAUUGAUUUAUACAGUUAAAUAUCAUUAACAUAUACUGUUAUUUUGAAUUUGUCACAGUGACUUAGUAACAAGUAUAAAAAACAUCAGUUAAUUGUUUACAGGCUGUCUACUCUGUUAGCUAGCCUGCAGUUGGCUGCUUGACAGAACUGCUGAUCAUAGCCUAUCAACAGUAGUUCUAAAACCUUAAGAAGCUUGAGGAGGUAUUUUUUUACACCUUGAAUGCCUGUUUUCUGUCAGCCAUAUUUGUUUCUCUUGUAAGAACUUAUUUCGGCCAGCCGACCCGCAGUGUGCAGCAUGAGGUGGUGAAAACUCCGGUCACUCCGGCACUUUACCCAGGCAUGUCAUUAAAAGGACUUAAAACUGUAGGAAUGGUAUGAUUGAAACUAGUAGCUAUAAUGCAACUCGGUGUGUAUCACCUCAGCAUACCUUGAUACUCUCAGCUAGCCCAUGCCUCGUCACUACAUUUUCUUAAGGGAAGUGCUUCCGUGUUUCAGCACAGCCAUGUUGAGACAAGUUCGUUACAUCCUGCGGCGCUGACACUACAGCGAAACAUCCCUUUAAAUCAGGCAGUAGACAGGAAGAUGAGCCAGCAAGAGUCUGCAAAAUCCUGCUGCUUUGAACACAAUGCCUACUGUCAACCAAGAAGAUGAGUUUUGCUUUUCAGUAUUAUUCUGAGAUGUUCACUCAAUGUUGCAUCAGGUUUUUUCUUUCCUUGUGUUUCGAAUUGCAGAAUUCUAUCUUUAAGAUCCUUAGGUCUUCACUCUUAAAGAGGAAAAAUGUAUUUUAAAUGUUUAUUUGUAUUUUGUUUUGUUGCAUGCUUUAAAAGUUCUUGUAUUAUUCUAAAGUCUCCCAGAUAGGUGUUGAAAGGCUCAGAUAGGGUGGGUAGCUGAUUGUUGGGAUGUGUUUUUUUUGUUUUGUUUUUCCAAAAAAAUGUAUACCCAAAGAUGUGUAUAUGUGUGUUAGUCUGUUGGUUGGGAUUACCUUUUGACCUUUGCGAUUGUAUUUCCUGUUGGUUUGAGGCUCUGCGGUGUGCGACCUUUUCAGCCAGCGAUGCUUCAGUCCCUGAGAGGCUUGAGAGUUUUGAUCCGUCACCAUCAGUGCUUACAUUUUCUUCAUUUGUGGUCAUAUGAUCACACUCCCUACAAUUAAGAGGGAGUAAAAAGUUUCAAAAUUUUGUAUGGUUACAAAUACAAUAUCUUUCCUUUUUAUGUGCAGCUAUGUCUCUAAGCACAAACCAAAUAUCAUUACUCUUCUCAAAUACAAAUGUGAUCAGUUGAUUGCAACCCCUGCUGGAGCUGGAGUGCAAUGAACUGCACUCAAUUGAAUGCAAGCGUUGCAGAUUUUGUGAUUUCUCUGGCCUCUUAACCCUUCUCCUGGGAAAGAAGAAUCGUGUAGCUACACCAGACAAGACGGGCAAGGUCAUAGUCCUCCCUUUUGUUUUAAAUCAUUGUAUAAUCUAAAGAAAGAUUGGGGGAAGUGGUUUAGGAAAAUUUAGACAGGAAGAAAAUAAAGAAACUCAGGUUGUUCCCAGCAGCCUUGUGCUGCUGGUGUCAUAAAAAAAAAAAAAAGUAUCUCAUAGUAAUGUUGUAGUGACUUCCCUUGUAUGAACUCUGCUAGUCAGAUUUUUUUUUUUGUGUGCCCAUCUAAAUGAAAGACAUUAUUUCUUAAUCUGCUAAAAAUUAUUAUUCUGAUUAGUUUCCUCUGAUGGUUUUUUUUCUUGUUACCUUUUUUUUCUCUAACAAAGUACAGAUGCUUCACACCACUCAACUCGUUGGCCCUUUUAGAAUGUAUUUUGUGAAGAAAAGGGAUAAAUGGGUUCUUGUUGAUGCUCACUCUCUGCUGCCAGUCCCUGAGAGAGUUACAGGACGUAGACGUUGGUGGAGGUCCGUCAGGUGUUGUGAAACAUAUAGUCAUAUUUGUUUCUAAACGAGCUACAACAUCAGCCAACAUGGGCUGUCCAGACAGUUUGUCUCCUUGUUAUGCCCUGCUCUCCCAGCGCCUGGUUGGGUGUGGAGUGAACCCAGCGUUUGUGCGCUGCAUCUGCGAUAUCUAAGCAGAAAUCCACUGAAUGUAUCCUCUCUCAGUCCAGGAGGCAGGGCGAGCCUGCGUGGCCAGCUGAAUUUAGACGACCGCUGCUUAUUCUUGCUGAUCCAAAACACUCCGUAUGUGUGUUUAUCAGUUUAACCUGGCUGUUUGUGCUCUUCCACCCUCUUACCACACAUUAACAAACAGAGGUGGAUGGAAGUGCAAAAGUCAGGUCUUAGUCUAGGUAAUGCACAGGAGGCUGUAUUAUAAUGGCUGCCUACUGCUCUCUCUGUACUCUGUGGACUUUAAAGAUUUCCUAUGCAGUUCUUUUGGUUUUCCUUUUUGUUUACGCCUCAAUAAAGUUGUAUUUCUUUGA